AUGUUACCAUCAGUCCACCGUAAAAAAAACUUAUGUCGCGUCCGCAACAGCACGACGGCAUCUGAUCAAAAAGCAGCCGGUGUUCUGCCAGCGGACCACGGACAAGAGGCGCCCUCAGCAGACUUCAAGCUGGCGACUGUUGCAGGAAAGAAGGGCAAGAAGGCUGAUGAGGAGGAGCAGCCUGCCGCACCUGCAGCGGCACCUGCCGCCGCACCUGCAGCAGCGCCAGUAGCUGCAGCACCAGCAGCAGCAGCGCCGGAGGAGGAGGAGGAAGAGGAGGAAUAUGUGGUGGAGAAGGUUUUGGACCGCAGAGUGGUGAAGGGCAAAGCGGAGUUUCUGCUGAAAUGGAAGGGGUUCUCUGAUGAGGAUAACACAUGGGAGCCAGAAGAGAACCUGGACUGCCCCGACCUUAUUGCAGAGUACAUGCAGAAACACAAAGAGAAGGAGGAGAAAAAGAAGGAGGGCAAGAGGAAAGUCACCAGCGAGGCCUCGGGAGACUCAGAGGAGCGAGGGAGCAAGAGGAAGAAGGAGGAGGGUGAGAAGGCCAGAGGUUUUGGCAGAGGUUUGCAGCCGGAAAGGAUUAUUGGAGCAACAGACUCCAGUGGAGAGCUGAUGUUCCUCAUGAAGUGGAAGAACUCAGACGAGGCCGACCUCGUCCCAGCCAAGGAGGCCAACAUCAAAUGUCCCCAGGUGGUCAUCUCUUUCUAUGAGGAGCGCCUCACCUGGCACUCUUACCCCACGGAGGAGGAGGAGAAGAAAGAGGAGGAGAAAAAAGACUAGAUGAGUGGAGGAGGGGGCAGAGGUGCAAAGAGGAAAAGAAAGUAUGGAAGUUCCAGGGCGGGAAAGCAACUAUAUGCUGGUGAACUGUUCAAGUAAUUGAUUCUAGCAGCCACUUUGGCAGGGAAAGUGGAGAAAAUCCCAGAUUGUUGGGAGUGAACUGCCAAUGUAGCUGAAAGGAAAGAAGUUUGUUUUCUUGCCCUGAAAGGAGACUGGUGUCCUUUCCUCAAAAGAUGCUCCCGCCUGUAUCUUGACUGAAAAUGUAAAAAUAUUUUAAAGAGGUAUGUUGACACUUAGUCUUAUUUUAAUGUCUUUCUGUCACCAGGGACGUGUCGCUUGAUGGGCACCGGGGCCUUUAUUCUGCUAGCAUUCCUCCUUGGCGUCACAAGAUGAAUAUUGAACUGAAUACAGUGAAAUUACUUAAAGUGUUUGUCUGCUCGAUUUGGUGACAGGUGCCUGGUGUUGGAAAUACAGGACUACAAUGCAAGCUGUCAAGCUACCUCUUUAACGUGUCCAUCCACGUGAGAAGCAAGCUGAAUGUUUCUCUCCCCCCGUACGCCACUCUUCAUUUAGAAUUCCUGUUUUUAAGAAAUGUUUUCCAGCUGAUGAAAGUGGCUCAAAUUAUAGCGGAUCAGAGAGCACAAGCUUCCCUUCCUGCUUUGUUAGGAUACUUCGGAGGGAACGUCUUUUGGAGGGGAGUGAAGUGGCAAGGUAUUAUGGAGGAAUGAAAGAACGGACAAACCAUUCAUGUCUUUAAGUAUCUGUUCUUUUCGUGCCACCUGGGUUCUCAUUAUUGCUGACUUAACACUGUUCUUGAUCGAAGCUAUUCUACAUUUCAUCUAACACGGACAGGUUGACACAGAAACCCGUCUUUGUUAAUCUGUCCAUGUUAGUGUGAAAUGUACAGUCUACAUGAAAAGACCACCAGUUGUUGGCUUUGGCCUUACAUGUCCUACCAGCCAAUGUGGCAGCCAACCAGCCAGUGUUCAAAUGUCCUGCAGUUGUCUGCCAAAACAGUUUAAAAAGCUGAAACAGUGCAGUCAUUCCAGCCAUGGGUGAUGCUACUGGCCAAACCCUGUACUGCCUGUUAAAUUGUUUGUAUUAAAAUGAAUGAAAGUCUGUUUUAUCAAACCAUUAGUUGAAGUAUUUGUGCUAAUUUGGUGGCGGUUUAGAGGCAAACGUGUAGCUUUUCUGUGAAUGUAAAACUGUCCAUCUGCUGUAUUUUGUGUGACACAAUCAUAUGUGUUAUAGAAAUUAAGGUAUAUAUUAUGAUGUUGCAGUUUGAGUUAGUCUUGGUAUUUUCUUGAACAUGGUCAGGGAAAGUCAGUCAUGUGGUAAUACUGUCAAUUCACCAGCCAUUUUCAAGACUAGGUCACAGUAUUUGUUUAGUAGGAAGCCAAAUUGUCGCCCCUAGGACAAGAAGUAAAAUGACCACUUACAGAAGUAGUGAACUAUAAGUAUAACCAUAAGUGUACAGACUUUAGUUCCCAGACUUCUCGUGCCAGUUUAUCAAUUUUAUUCAGUUAAUUUUUAAUAGAACUAAGGCUGGUUGGUUACCUGCCAGAGUGGCUGAUAGUGUACAAACGGCAGCAAAAUCAGCAUCUGGCAGGUUUUCAUUUUCCACUGCUAGAUUGACGAGCACACUGACUUGAAGAGUUGCCUCUCAUAUGUCAAACCAAGGACUCCAGUCUAAACAAAGUGAGAUGCUCUUAAAGCCGUAGAUUAGAUGGAUCCAACUGAUGAUCGCUCCGACAAACGCAUCAUAAAACUGGAAUGGACGAAGUGCUAGGCUCAGAAUCGGCAGGUUUCCACUUCAGCCAAACUCUGAUGGUAACCUCUCAGCGCACUGCGCUCCAAUUGCAUUUCUUCAGGAACCCUGAUAGUGUUUUAUUAAAAGCAAGCUGGACUAAAAAUCAUGUUUAUUUGCAAGGUACAGCUAUUGUUUGAAACCAAAAUGUAAGAAUAGGAAAACGAGUAGUAUUAAAAUAUAUAUAAUCUCUCUCUGCUGAAACUUAAAGUUUCUCUGUCUAAACGUGCCCCAGUUUGAACCAGAAGUGAAUAGUGUUGGACAAGACAACCAUCAGUGGGACACCUGACCAGCCAUAUGUCAGUGAUUUAUCAGAUGUGAUCUGCACAUUCAUCACAUCUGGCUUAUGGUGAAAGUUUCUGCUUGUUAAUUCCUAUGACCGUGGCUGGUAGGUGGAUGUGAGACUGCGGCUCUGUAACAAACACAACUAGCUUUUAUUGCUAAUGGAGGAACGAUUGAAAGUAUGUUUAAAAUCUUCAUUUCCACUCCUCUCCGAACCAUCACAGACACUCAGCUACGUGUGGUUUUUUUUUAUGCUGUAUUAUUUUAGCUUGCACUGGCCGGGCAACACUCAAGACAUGAUGUUUCAGCACAUUUAGAGUAUUUCUUGGUUCAUCUUGCUUGCGUGCAGACUGGUCCUAUGUUAAAACACAUUUUGAUAUUAAAUAAAACUUUUGAAUUCAGCAUGAUUAACAUGACUGCUUCAUAUGAGAGGUCUUUCAGUGGUGUUCUCUCUGCUGCGUUUAAUGUGUCGAAUGUAGCCCGGCUGUGCUUAUUUCUAUGUAUACUGUAUUAAAGUUAGCAUAGUAGCUUCCUCUGUUAGCAGACCCGGCUUAGCUAGUUACAAUCCCUGAUCUCUGAACUGUUGGUUUUCAGUGGCCUGCUGCGGCUGGAGAUUAAUGAGAGCGCUCACCUUUAAAGACAUUUAAUUCUGAAAAUGUUUUCCUUACUGUAAUGCAAAUUAAUUUUCAGUGGACAUUCUUCUGCUUCGCCUUGCGCUGCCAUGUGUCACAUUUGAAACAGCAGCUAUUUUUAAAUGUUUACUUUUUGUUCCAGAAAGACUUUAAUGAGCCUUAACCCUCAGUGACAUUCUAUGGAAGACAUGUACAAAGCAGCAAGCUACAUAAAAACACAGUCCCAAUAUUUCUGCCUAUGUACUUCAUACAACAAGGCCAGAUGAUGAAAUGGGAAGAUGCUCAUUACACACUUGACCAAGAUCAGCUCUCUGAUGUUUUUGACCUCUACUUUGUUUCCUUAAGAGGCUGAACUGAGUUGAGUUUGUGUGUGGGAUUUAUCUUAUUCUUUUUCAAAGUAAGUUGAGUCAGUUUAAAGAGUUUAUAGCAUUUAAAGUCAAACCUCUGACUCUAAAAUUUCUGUGAUACUCUGCAUGUUAGUAUCUGUAUGUUGGGCCUAACCUUUCUACUUUGUCUGUUUUCAAUUAAAUAUAUUCAGUACUUUUCCUGAAGAUCUUUUAUUUUUUUUUUUAGAACUUCUGGCUGUUGGGACUUAUAUUUUCAUGUACAUUAGUAUUGUAAGUAAAAUGUCCUGCACUAUGACUGCCUUCUGUUACACGUUACCUUUGAUGGGAAGGGAUUGGAUCAGCUAGACCUGGGUUUGCUACUUAGCUUCUCUAUCUUGUCUCUGAAACCUUUCUCUGUAUUUAGCAGAUUAGCUAGUGUUGUCCUGUUGCAUGUUUAUUGGUUACCCUUGCAGUGUCACUGUUGUGGCCCAUCUACUUUUAAUUGUCUGUUUUAGGCAAUAAAGGUUUUUCGUUUUCGUAGCUAUU